AUGGCCAAUAUCAAUAUCCCACACGAAAUAUUUAGCAAAAGUGCCAAUAAAACCGUUCUCAUAACCGGAGCAGCCCGCGGCAUAGGAGCCGAAACAGCCCGGCUCUUCCAUCAAAACGGCGCAAAUGUGGUCCUAACAGACCUAGAAAGAUGCCGCUCAGCAGCAGAUCAAUUCAUUCUUUCAAAUCUAGAUCCAGAACGAGCGAUUUUUGCUGCGGCGAAUGUGGUCGACUGGGCACAAUUGACGACCGCGUUUGAUCACGCUAUUGCUACAUUUGGCGGUCUAGAUAUCGUAAUCGCCAAUGCGGGGAUUAUGGAAUCGAAUGCUGUUCUUGAUGUGAAUGAUGUGGAUGAGUUUGGAAAAUUGAAAGAGAAUCAAGAGGCGAAUACGAUAUUUGAUGUUAAUUUGAAAGGCACAUUGAAUACGCUCCGACUAGCCCUAUUCUGGUUGCAAAAAUCCAAGUCAAAAAAUGAGGGUUCAAAAUCCAUCAUCCUCAUCGGCUCUACCUCUAGCUAUUUUGGCGGGACAGGCGUUGCUGCUUAUGUAGCCUCCAAACAUGGCAUUCUAGGUCUCCUUCGAGCAGCGCAGGCUUCAUCGCAGGAACUAGGCGUUCGGGUGAAUGCCGUAGCGCCCUUUUGCACCCCGACGUAUAUCACAGCUGGAUUUGCGGAACGAUGGAGUGAGGCGAGGUUAGAGCAGAACACGGUUGAGGGUGUUGCUGCAGCUAUUGCGUUUCUGGCUUUGGAUGAAGGCAGGAGAGGACAGUGCUUUUUGGUAAGCUGUGCUAGAAUUUUCCAUGGGUACUUAGGUAUCGUUCCAAGGUUCGGUGGAAAGCUAAUGAAUUUUUAUGAGAAAGGUCGCAGGUAA